GUUUUAGGUAGUUACUCCAUGACAGACAAAACCAAUAAAAAAAUACACUAAAUAUAAAUUUAACUGCAAAAUCCAUUAUUUCAACCACUGUCAUUGUUUGUUUCUAUCAAUUCUUUAAAAGAAUUCUUAAUAAAAAAACUUUGAAUACUAAAACAUAAUUGGCUAUCUGGCUUUUCAUCUUUUCCUUCCAAAUUCCCACCAAACAGAGAGUAAAAGAAAAGAAAUUAACAUUUCAGCAAGAAAGAAAGUUCAAAGUUUGAAACUUUUUCUUGUUUCUUGCUAAAAAUCUGAACUUUUUUGGUGAAAUAAAGUUAUGAAUCCAAAUUGGGAGCUGAAAGGGUGCUGUAAUCAUGAUCAAAAAGCUUUUCUUAUCACCAUUGGCAUCUUCACUCUUGUUAUUCUUGCGUUAUGGCGUACAUUUUUGCUGACACCUUUCAAGCUUAUUACCGUCUUUCUUCAUGAAGUCAGUCAUGCUAUAGCAUGUUUACUUACAUGUGGUUCGGUAGAAGGAAUUCAGGUUCAUGCAAACGAGGGCGGUAUGACACAAACACGCGGUGGUGCAUAUUGGCUAAUCUUACCUGCUGGAUAUCUGGGCUCUUCAUUCUGGGGAAUGGCUUUAGUACUUGCCUCCACAAAUCUUACGACAGCGAGAAUUGCUGCGGGUUGUCUUGGAGUAGCUCUGCUUGUCGUGCUAUUCAUAGCCCAAAAUUGGACACUUCGAGGAUUGUGUAUAGGGUUUAUCAUUUUUCUUGCCGUAAUUUGGAUCUUGCAAGAAAAAACCGAAAUACAUAUCCUUAAAUAUGUCAUCCUCUUUAUUGGUGUUAUGAACAGUUUGUUUUCAGUUUAUGAUAUCUAUGACGAUCUAAUAUCCCGAAGAGUUCACUCAAGCGAUGCUGAGAAAUUUGCCGAGGUUUGCCCUUGCCCUUGCAACGGUGUUGCUUGGGGGUUCAUUUGGGGAGUAAUAUCCUUCAUAUUCCUCUGUGCUGCGAUGUAUUUAGGCCUUGUCAUUCUGUCAUGACCUAUAAAACUGAUUUGGAGUAUUUCAUACUAGUAUCAAAAUUGAUGGUGUUACCGGUGAUCGAAAUUCCUUCAUUCUUUUACAAUGAUUCAUGUAAUAUAUCUUCAUACAAAGAAUGGCUUGUAAAUUUAGACAGAUUGAACCCAUUGUUACAUUAUUAGAUUGAUUUCUGAGUACUAAGAAAAAAAAAAUGUAUUUACAUUUUGUUAAUACUUCUAGAAGAGAAAUGUUUGGAAAAUUGAUAAUUUUUUCUUAAUAUGUAUUAGGUCGUAUGCUACUAGGGAUCUUGCAAUGGGAUCGACCUUCGUAGCCUUUAAAUCCUUUUUUAUAAGUUUUUCCCUCAUAGAUUUUUUUAUUAUAUGAUCAUAAACUCAAUCAUACAUGAACUUUUUGAGAAAUAGUUUUCUCAUAAAACAAACCAAUA